AAAAAUGCGUCGUCGUCUUUUCUUCAAGGAUAAAGUAAAACAACGAUUAUUUCGCUCAGUUUCGUGUUCGAGCAUUUUCGAUUCGCUUAGACGGUUUAGUGGGAAAGUUGUAAUUAUUACUGGUUUGUUUCCCUCAGUUACUUCAAAUAAUUAUUUAAAAGGUUCGAGUUCUGGCAUUGGCCAGUCAGCAGCAUUAUCUUUUGCUGAAGAGGGAGCCUCUGUUGUAAUUCAUGGGCAAAACAAGGAAAGAUUGGAUGUAAAAUAA